UGUUGUCCGGACUGAGCCGCCUGUCUUGUCGCUGCUCAGACUCGGAGACUCCGGGGAAUGCUGCCGCAGAGAUGGAGUUGAAUCACAAAAACAACAAAGUGUCGGACAGAGUUUGAGACAAAGGGAGCAAAGCGUCAGUUUUCCGGCUGAUGGAUAUUUGUUGAAUACAACCCAGGCGUACCAUUUAAACAAUUGGUUUGAAAAUGAAGCUGCUGAAGCCGAGCUGGGUGAGCCACAACGGCAAGCCCAUAUUUUCUGUUGACAUCCACCCUGAUGGGACAAAAUUUGCAACCGGGGGCCAAGGAGAGGAUUCGGGCAAGGUGAUGAUCUGGAACAUGGCGCCAGUCCUCAGAGAGGAGGAUGAGAAGAAUGAGAAUAUUCCCAAAAUGCUUUGCCAGAUGGACAAUCACCUAGCUUGUGUGAACUGUGUGCGCUGGUCCAACAACGGGCUGUACCUGGCAUCAGGAGGAGACGACAAGCUGGUCAUGGUGUGGAAGAGAGCUGCAUUCAUUGGUCCGAGCACAGUGUUCGGGUCGAGCAGUAAGCUGGCCAACGUGGAGCAGUGGAGGUGUGUCACCAUCCUGAGGAACCACACUGGAGAUGUGAUGGACGUGGCGUGGUCUCCUCAUGACGUGUGGCUGGCCUCCUGCAGCGUGGACAACACCAUCGUCAUCUGGAACGCUCGCAAAUUUCCAACUCCAGAGAUGGUGACAUGUCUGCGAGGACACACUGGGCUGGUUAAAGGUCUGACGUGGGACCCGGUGGGGAAAUACAUCGCCUCCCAGGCCGACGACCACAGCCUCAGAGUGUGGAGGACAAUGGACUGGCAGAUGGAGGCCAACAUCACCAAACCCUUCAGCGAGUGUGGUGGGACGACCCACGUCCUGCGUCUGUCCUGGUCUCCAGACGGUCAGUAUCUGGUGUCAGCUCACGCCAUGAACAACUCCGGUCCCACCGCUCAGAUCGUGGAGAGAGAUGGCUGGAAAACGAAUAUGGACUUCGUCGGCCACCGUAAAGCUGUCACAGUGGUGAAAUUUAACCCAAAGAUCUUUAAGAAGAAGCAGAAGAACGGCAGCGCUCAAAAACCCGGGUGUCCGUACUGCUGCUGCGCCGUCGGCAGCAAAGACCGGUCGCUCUCCGUCUGGCUGACCUCUCUGAAGCGCCCUCUGGUGGUCAUCCAUGAUCUGUUUGAUAAAUCGAUUAUGGACAUAUCCUGGACUCUGACAGGUCUGGGGAUGUUGGUGUGUUCGAUGGACGGCACUGUGGCCUACCUGGACUUCUCACUGGAUGAACUGGGAGACCCGCUAAACGAGGAGGAGAAGAACAGCAUCCAUCAGAACAUCUACGGUAAGAGUCUGGCUAUAACCAGCACAGAGGCUCAGCUCUCCACCACCAUCAUCGAGAACCCUGAGAUGCUCAAAUACCAGCAGGAGCGCCAGAACUCAAUCCAGGCCAACUCGGGACCGGGCAGCGCCGGGCCAGAAUCCUCGGCCCCUAAACUCAACAGCAUGAUGAACGGAGAGUCUCUCGAGGACAUCAGGAAGAACCUCCUGAAGAAACAGGUUGAGACGAGAACUGCAGACGGACGAAGACGAAUCACACCGCUCUGCAUUGCUCAGCUGGACACCGGGGAUUUCUCUCCCGCUCUGUUCAACAGCGCUCCCAUCCUGCCGUCGGGCUCCUCCAUGUCCAACCAGCUCACCUCCCAGCUCAGCUCAGACUCCAGCCCAGGACAGGCCUCUUCUCUGGGGCUUCGGCCCAUCCACGACCCCAUGCUCACCUCGCCUCCACCCAACAGCGCCACAAAGGGCCUGGAGGACGGUCUGAAGUCCAGUCUGCUGCUCACUUCUGCCUCCAAGAUCGAGCCGAUGAAAGCUUUGGACUCAAGGUUCACAGAGAGGUCAAAGGCCACAACGGGGGUCACAGCCGUCAUCUCCUCCAUCUCUGGACUCAUGCCGCUGGACAGCAGGCCCAAAGACGGCCUCUCCGCUCUGAAAGACUUGAAAAACAAAGACGACACCAGCAGCGACAGCGAAGACAAAAUGGCCUCGAUCAACAAAAACCUGAUGUUGGGCAAGAGGAAACCCGAGCUGCUGAUAGAUGUAGGAGAGGUGGUGGAGAAGAGGAAGAAGGGACGGCCCAGGAAAGACAAGAUGGCUGCACCCACCGCCCAACCAUUCACUCAGAUGACUCACACAGCAGAGCGGGAGCCAAGCAGGGUGGCAGCUCCUCCACCUCCUGUAGCUGCUCUCAAACUGCCAACACCCAGUAUAAAGAAGACCUUCAGUCUGCAGGUAAGCAUGGAGCCAUCUAUGUUCCUGGAGGUGGAGAACGAGGUGUCUGUAGUUGCGGGUUCAAAGCUCAGCCAGCUGCGAUGCUCCAGAGACGGACGGGACUGGAACACACUGCUGCCCAGCUCAGUGGUCACUGCUGCAGGGAGCAGUGACAUCCUCGCCGUUGCCUGUCAGGACAGGAUGUUGUCAGUGUUCUCUUCCUGUGGGCGGCGGCUCCUUCCUGCCAUUCAGCUGGCCACGCCUGUGUCAGCUCUGCACUGCUCGGGCCACUUUGUCAUGGCUCUGACGGCUGGGGCUGCGCUGUCGGUCUGGGAUGUUCAUAAACAAAAGGCUCUGGUGAAGAACGAGUCUCUGCUGAGCAUUUUACCAGGUGCUGACACCACAGUGUCUCAGUCUCUGCUGACCCAGCAGGGCGUUCCAGUCGUUGGACUCUCCAACGGAAAGUCCUACUGCUUCAGCUCCUCACUGGAGACAUGGACGUUAAUAGCGGAUAAAGGAGACUCUAUGGUCCAGUGUGCUGACUUCAGGAGCUGCCUACCUACCCAGGAUGCACCUGUGUCCUCAGGGCCACUGGCUGUCAUGCAGGGACGCAACCUCAAUGCUGGUCGGCUGGCGUCCCGCCUCUCCUCCACCCCUCACCACCUUCAGCAGAGCAUGACGUUGGCCUUCCUGGAGAAUCAGCUGGCAUCUGCUCUGACUUUGCAGUCAGCACAGGAGUAUCGCUACUGGCUGCUCAUCUACACCCGUUUCCUUGUCAACGAAGGUUCAGAGUUUCGUCUCCGAGAACUCUGCAAGGAGCUGCUCGGUCCCGUCCACAAAUCAGCAGCGACAGCCUGGGAGCCCACCACUCUGGGUCUACGUAAGCGCGAGUUGUUGCGGGAAGUCUUACCUGUCAUCGUUGAAAACCUGCGAUUCCAGAGACUGUUCACCGAAUACCAGGACCAGCUGGAGCUACUGCGCAACAAAUAACACACACUGCUGCCCACACACACACACACACACACACACUGACAACACACAUGCCUGGACUCAUCAUGAAACCAGUUUGGUUCUUCCAGUUCGACUCGGGUGAACUCUGACUGCUUAUCGUCAACUGAAGAAGCUUGAAACGCUGUAUGGGCUGAAAGCUGCAAAACAGAAAAACUUCCUUCACGGCGAGUCCACAGCUUUCAAAGUUUGGGGACUUUCAGUGCUGUCGCUCACUGGGAAGAAGUGGCGGGUGCUUUGGAUUUUUUUUUCUAAUCACAAUCUUAGUUCCAACUCACGUGUUCUGCGUUUUUUUUUUUUUUUUUUUUUAAACCUAUGCACCUCUCUCCUGCGCUCCUUUUCAUGGACUCAAAAAUAUUUAAUUAAGAGAGGUUGUUGCUGGUUGGAUCCCUGCAGCUCGAUAAAUCUUUCUCAAGUCUGUUUCUCUCCUGCGAGAGAGUGAGCCGAGGUGAGACACUGAAAAAGAAAAUAAUAUAAAUCAAAAUGGAUGUAAAGGAGCAAUAUGCUUGUACCAAAGUGAUGCCUUCAAGUGUAAAAAUAACCACACAACUCUAUCUGCAAAGUGAAGGAAAUGAAGGGCAUCCUUAAAAAAAGGUUGAAAUGGGUUUUUAAAGGCUGAUGGGUGUGUUUUGGCUGGAAAUAAUGCCAAUGCCAACAUUUGAAGUCACAGGUCACCGCGAAGAAGAUAAUCAAACUUAUGACACCACUGGAAAUGAAACGGUAUAUUCAGAGAUACAGGAUGGACCUCGAUUUUUAAGGGAUGCCUUUUUUGCAGCUAAUCCUAACCCAUGAGAGCAUUCACUCCAGUCAAAGAGCACUUCAAGCAUGUAAGAAAAAUGUGCACAAAGAGGAAGAACUGCAAUUUUACGGUGGCCAACGACCGCCCAAAACGAUGCAAUAAAAAAAAAAA